UCAUCAUCAUCAUCAUCGUUGUCGUCGUUGUUGUCAUCAUCAAUGUCAUCGUUGUCACACUACCAUUAUCAUCACUGCCAUCAUCAUCAUCAUCAUCUUCCCCUCCAAUAUUGGUUUGUUUUCCCCCAGUCACAAACUGAAAUCUUUAUUCAUGUCUUUCAGAUUUACAAGAAAAAACUUUCUGAAGAGCGGGAGACAAAACAUAAAAUUGUAAACAAUUUGCAGGAAGAGUUUCAAAAGCAAAUUAUGCAGUUGUAUUCUGACCUGAGGCAUAAAAAUAAUUUGUUACAGAUGUCUGAGGUUGAUAAACAACAAAUGGAAGAAGAUAUGGAGACAUUGUAUAUGGCAGCACAGAAUGAAAAUUCAGUGAUGUACCAGCUUUUGAAUGGAAUAUCAUGUAAUAAAAACAUUGUUACUUGUUGUGAUAGUGAUGAAGAAAACGUUUCUAAUUGUGAUAGUGAUAAGGAAAUAAUUUUACCUAGUAUAUAAAGUAUAGCAGUUUGUAUUUAUUGUGUAUUUAUAUGAAUGUUUAUGUAGUGUAUAGUCUAAUUUCAACAUUUACCUCAGAAUGUUAUUAAUUUAUUGUGUAUAAGUAUUGUGAAUAAAUUAUCAUCAAGCAUUA